ACAAUUUUUUUUUUGUUUUUAAGAAUUGUUCAUCAUUUUCAGCCAUGAGAUAUAAUGUUAUGUUUAUGGUUUCUUGUGUUCUCACAUUUCUCGUUCUAAAUAAUGUUGAAGUCGAGGUGGAAGCGAAAAAAAAAUUUGGAUGCAACGUCGACGACAGUUUUCAAGGAACAUGCGGAAAUAAUGGAAAGAGUGCAUGUGUAAACGAUUUUAAAAAAAAACUUGGCUUUCCAAAUAAUAUUGGAAUACGUUGUGACUGUUCUGAUCGACCUACCAUCCCUGGUAUACCUCCCAGUCGUAAAUGUGCAUGUCAACAUGAUUGCUAAAUUUUUCAAGAUCUCUAUGACCAUAAUUUCUUUUCUAAUAACUGGGUCAUGAGAUCAAAGUAAUCGAGAGUUUUUGGGAUAGAUCUGGCAAGAAAAUGGGUCAUGCCUGACAAAUAAUUAAGUCUCUGAAUUGUAUUAUUCAUAGUUCAAAAUAAAUAUAAAUGUGAGCUAAUAAUAUCCAAGUUAUAUU